AUGGCGUUUGGAGCUCCGCGUGGACGGGGUGGAGCCCCCCGGGGCCGUGGAGGUGAUCGGGGUGGACGUGGUGGACGUGGUGGUGGGAGAGGCGGUUUAGGAUUCUCGGACCGUGGUGGUCGUGGCGGUGGUCGCGGAGGUAGAGGCGGUGGUAGAGGAGCCCCUCGUGGCCGUGGAGGUCGUGGAGGUGGACGAGGCGGCGGCCCCGGCGCCAAGGGCGGUGCCAAAGUUAUCAUUGAACCCCAUCGUCACCCCGGUGUCUUCGUCGCUCGUGGUGGAAAGGAAGAUCUCCUCGUCACCAAGAACCUCACCCCAGGCGAAUCCGUCUAUGGCGAGAAGCGUAUCUCCGUCGAAUCAACUGAACCUACCGCCAAUGGUGAAACUCCCGCUGCCACCAAAGUUGAGUACCGUGUAUGGAAUCCCUUCCGCAGCAAGUUGGCCGCUGGUAUCCUUGGUGGUCUCGAUAACAUCUACAUGCGCCCGGGCUCGAAAGUGCUGUAUCUCGGAUCUGCCAGCGGAACCUCUGUCAGCCAUGUCGCUGACCUCGUCGGCCCUACUGGAACCGUCUACGCUGUCGAGUUCUCCCAUCGUUCCGGCCGUGACCUGAUUGGAAUGGCUACUCACCGUACCAAUGUCAUUCCCAUUGUCGAAGACGCACGUCACCCCCUUCGCUACAGAAUGUUGGUCGGAAUGGUUGAUGUAAUCUUUGCAGACGUUGCCCAGCCUGACCAAGCCAGAAUUGUGGGUCUUAAUGCCCAUCUCUUCCUUAAGGCGGGUGGUGGCGUUAUUGUCAGUAUCAAGGCAAAUUGUAUCGAUAGCACAGCGAAGCCUGAGGUCGUGUUCGCCAAGGAAGUCCAGAAGAUGAGAGAGGAGAAGAUAAAACCCAAGGAACAACUCACACUAGAACCCUUCGAACGUGACCAUUGUAUAGUUGCUGGUAUCUACCGGCAAACCUGA